AUGGGUGUCACUAACACCACCAUUUUGAUCGACGAGGGGCUGCAGCACGCCCUGACAGGGGGCGAAAGCAUCGAGAUUCGGAAGAAGGCGUUCUCCACGGCCGAGGACACGACGUUGCAGACUGCGAUGAACGCGCGCGGAUUCCACUUGCAUUCGCAUGACGACACGGUGAAUUCGGCCUCGUCGCACAAGGUGCUGCAGAUCCGCCACUUCGCCGAUGCCAGCUCGACCACGGCCCGCCAGUUACCGGGCAAUGUUUCGGUUGUACAUGGCAGUGAUGCUGUUACGACGCUGCUGGACUUGUCCACGGAGCUCUCGGGUAGCACGUUUGUGCGUUUAGCAGGAGGAGCUUAUCUGGUGGAUCCCGUUCGACCAGUGACGUCGACGCAGUUUUUUCUUGAUCGACCAUUUGCUGGUGCUUCUUACGACGACUUGCCCAUCUUUGUAGAUGGCAUCGGUGCAGGCAUUCUGUUGGACGUCCGAGCAGGUACGAGCAUUCGUGCUGGUGCGAGCAUCGAUGUGACAGCGACCGAAGCGAACGAAAUAAUCGCGACCGACGUAUUGAUUUCCACGACCGCGGGCGGUGUUUCAGCGGGCCGUCUAAGAAUCAACGACACCGGGAUUCAGUUUCUCGGAGAGACCACUACGAUAUCAUCGGAAGUUGCGUCCUUAAACCUCCAGUCUGCAAAAGAAUUGUCGCUCGCUGCGGGAUCUCUCGACAACAAGCCUGGCUCAAAGGUGGUUAUUCACUCAGGGUCAUCGAACUGGCAACUUGGGGGUGAUAUCGACGUGAAAACUGGCCAAAGUAAUUACGGCGCAGCCUCAGGGAAGCUGCUUCUCCACUCAUCUGAUAGUAUCGCUGCUCACGCCUCCUCUGGGUCAGUGGAGAUUAGUUCAGGCAUCGGGAACGUGGGGCCAUCAGGAGUGAUCAGUCUCUCUUCUGGCAAUGCAAGCACUAGCGAAUCCGGAGACAUUCGCCUUCUAACAGGAUCUGCAAACGGGGCCAACUCGGGUGAUAUCGCGCUUGAAACGUCCCCUUCGACGGGCGGAAGCGGUGGCUCUGUCCAGAUUAUCGUUGGUACAGGUGAUGCUGGUACAGGAGGCACCGUGGCAAUU